AGACGUCGCUGAAUGUUCGUUCGCAUCGCUAUUUCGCUGCCCCUGGUGUCCGAAGGUAAACAAUCCAAGAACUGGUCUGGUAGAGCAAGCGACGACUCGAGAGAAAAUCUUUCGUAAAAAGCUGAGAAUCGCCUUCAUGACUUAGCCUUUUCCUUCUUACUCGGAAGUAAGGAAAACAUGGAGGGAUUUAAGACACACACAUGCUAUGAAAAGGCGACGGAACUGUCUCAUAUGAUAUCUCGUCGACAGCAGAAUGGCUGCACAAGUUUACCGAGAAUAGUGUUGAACAGCCGCAUCAAUGCAAUGCACAGGAAAGAGCCAUUCUAUCGACUCAAUUUAUUGGGGCACUACGGCUGUGUCAACGCCAUUGAGUUCAGCAAUAGAGGCGGAGAUUAUCUUGCAUCAGGUGGAGAUGACAGACGUAUUCUCCUGUGGAAUGUGAACGAAGCUCUCAACGUAAAAUAUGAACCACGUAGCAUGAAGGGAGAGCACCACUCAAACAUCUUCUGUUUGGCUUUUGAUAAUGAGAAUGGAAAGAUUUACUCGGGAGGGAAUGAUGAUCAAGUUAUAGUCCAUGAUACCAGGAGAGGUGAUGCGAUAGAUUUGUUCUUACAUGAGGAUGCUGUUUAUGGCUUAGCAGUAGAUCCCAGGAAUGAUAAUAUCUAUGCCAGUGCCUGUGCAGAUGGAAGGGUUCUUCUUUGGGACAUCCGAGCCCCAAGUCAUCAAGAACCAUUUGUAUUAGCCAACUAUGUGACAGCAUUCCAUGCCGUUGUGUACCAUCCUCAAGAGCCUAGGUUUCUAGCCACUGCCAAUGCUAAAGAAGGUAUCGCCCUGUGGGACGUCAGAGCGCCCAAAAGUUGCCUUUUACAAUACGGAAGUGCCUACACCCAGAUGAAUGCAAUGAGUGUGCGUUUUAACCAGAGCGGUAGCCAGUUGCUUGCGUUGCGGAGAAGGCUACCGGCGGUGCUCUACGAUAUCCACAGUUCAGUGCCGUCUGUGGAGUUCAACCACGAUGGCUAUUAUAACUCUUGUACCAUGAAGAGCUGCUGCUUUGGAGGUGACAGAGAUCAGUUUGUCUUAUCCGGUUCUGAUGAUUUCAACCUCUAUAUUUGGAGAGUUCCAGAUCCAUGUGAAGGAAUUCAACAAGUGAAUGAAGCAUCCCAUGUGUUAAAAGGACAUCGUCAGAUUGUCAAUCAAGUCAGGUUUAGUUCAAGAAAUUUCCUCAUUGCAUCGUCUGGAGUGGAGAAAGUCAUCAAGCUUUGGAGUGCAAUUAAAUUGCCAGGGAUGUCUGAUGGCAAUGAAUCCCCAAGGAAGAUGUUCACCCGCCAGCAGUACUUCAACUUGAUGAUAAGCUCAGGAUCAGCUCUCUCCCAUGACUACUCUGACAAAUCCAAAGAUGAGGACCCAAGGAUGCUUGCCUUCUUUGAUUCCUUUAUCCAGCGAGAGGUUGACCACAGCUUCAGCAGCGAUUCCUCAGAUAAUAGUGCCUUGAGCCCAGAUAGCUUGUACCUCCACUUUGUACGUGAUCACAGUGAUGACGGGAACAGUUCUGACAGGGAUGGUCCUGUCAUGCCAUCACUGUUGCCUCCGGAACUUGGAAUGAUCAGUGAUAGUGACAGUGAUCCAACAAAUUGUGAAUUGAGUAAUGCUGAGGUGAAGCCCAAGGCUCGUAAAGAGAGGAAUGUGAGCACCAGCAGCGAUACUCCUGGAUUGAGUGUUGGUGGGCCAUCAUUGCAGAAGAGAGGUCAGAAAGACAGGAGUAGGACAAGUACAUCGGAUGCUGUUGAUAGAGGCAGCACAAGUCAGGCCAGUCAUGAAUCAAGUGACAGCAGGCGGAGAGGAAGACAACAGAGCAGGAGCUCUAGUGAUUCCUCUAGUAGUAGUGAUGAAUCAGAGGACUUCUUGGUGAUGAGAUAUCGCAGUCGUCUAUUACGCCGCAUCAUGCGUCAGAAGAGUAAGAAAGGGAAGGAUGGGUCUUUGGUUGGAAAAUCUAUGGGAAAUUCCCCGUCGCAGGUGGAAAAGGAUAGACUAUCAAGCUUGCAGCAGCGUUUGGCCUUCAGCCGUGUGAUGAAGGAACGGAUUACGACAGUGAGUGACAGCGAUUCUAGCAUGUCUGAUGACAAUGAACAGUUUCUUGCGAUUGUUGGCCAGCUCAGGCAAAGGACAGACUCUGCCCGUCAGCGAGCUGCCUCACUACGCCGCCAUAGGAUGCGAGCAUUAGAGGAGAUAUCUAGUUUAACAGGUGGAUUUAGUAGAUCUGCAACAUCCUCAUCUUUGCCUUCAUCAAGGAGUCCUCAGAGAGAGCCUCCUGCAGCUUCAUUAAUGAAUAGAUUAGCACCGUCCAACCUUUCCUCACCUUCAAACUCGCCCAAGAGAGUCCCAAAACUUACUGCCACAGGCUCUGAAGCAUCCUGCAGUUCAAAAACUAGUGCUAAACCAUCUACUAGUUCCAAGAAAACGAAAAGUAAGCCACCAAAGUCAAAAUCAAGUCAAAGCAUUUCAAAUUCAAACCUGGCCAGCACAUCGAAGGGAAGUAAUCAUGCUUGUUCAAAUAAUGUAGAAGCGGCUGGGUGUAGCAAGGACACUGAAGCAUCAAGUCAAACCAAGGAUGGCAGUAAGAAUGGCUUUAAGAAGUUUAAAUUGAACAGUUCAGGUAAAAAGAGACAUUAUCGCAGCACAAACUGUUACUCAAGACAAAAAGACAGUGAUUCUGAUUAGAAACUUUGCAAAAGUGUUUUUGCUUUUCUUUGUAUGGGAAACAAUCUUUUCCAAAAACCUUUUUAAUUUACUUCUUUAUGCUCCUGGAGCACUCAACAGAGUGGAUUUGGCACUUUGUAAGUCACAUUACUAUUAUUAUAACCAAUCCUCAUUCAUCAGAAAAUGAGGAUUUAACAAAGGAAACACGUACACACGAAUCAUUAAUCUGCCUAAGUCAAAUCUUUUUGGACCACAGAAAUCUAGGUCCUUUUUCAAAAAAGACUUGUUGUAUUAACAAGUGCACUAUUUCUAUAACAAGUUAAGUAUAGGCCAAUCAAAUUGGAUGAUUUCAGUAGCUUUAAACUGUUACUGAAAAUUUGUUAUAAGUUUUGUGAAACUAGACCCUCUUCAUUUCAAGUGAUAUUCACCCUUGAAGAUGAUUAUGUAAACAGUACAUGAUUUGUACGUUGUCUGAAAAAUUGCUUCCACACAGCCAGUUAUUUGACUUAUAGAAGGUCAACUAAGCCAUACUGAACUUCGCGUUCAAAAAGCAGUCAAUAAAAAUGUUGACAAAAUUGAAUAACUGUUCUGGAGAUAUGAUUUUUGAAAGUUUAUAGAUUCCACCCUCUUGAGUUGUCAACUAUGUGAUGUCAGUAGAAUCACUAUUCUCCAUCAGCUUUAUGAAGAAUUUUUUUGCUCUUCCAUAUUGGGAAUUUUUAGGAGAGCAGUCAUUCUAGAUCCCUCUGAAAACAUGCAAAAGAGAAUCACCCUGAAGGUAUUCAAGUUUAUUUGAGAAAUUUGAGUGAUACGCACUAUACAAGAACUAUUAGUGUUCAAGUAGUAUAUGUAUUCCACAAUGUCACAUAGUUGACAAAUCAUUAUUAUGUCAUGAAAACUUUGAAAAGGAAUUUCUCUUGAAUAGAUGUUUGAUUUUGUACAAAAUUGCAACGAUGUGGUCAUUUUCCUUUUUUUUUCAAUAACCUUUACCCCAAGUAUAUGAAGAUUUAUACUGAUGAACGUGAAGCUUCCAGGGGGCAGUUCAUCAACAUUUUUUGUCUGGACAGUUGUCAAAUAUGACAAAUUUACUUAGUUCACAUUUAAGCGCAUGUGUCUGACUGUUACUAUGGUAAUUGUUGGAAAUAUGGCAACUUGUCAGCACUGACAACUUUUAUGAAACUGUCCCACAGGCUACCUUCUUGUCAGAUACUCUACAGGUAUUUCUACUUUUUUAGUGAUUUGUGAUUAAACCAGUAAUUCCUAUUUUCCGGGAGAUUCUGGAGGAACAAGUCAUUUGUAGAUUGCAGAUGAAUUAAUUAUUCUGCAAAGAAAUUGUUUUGUUGGCAUUACCCACAAAUAUACACAUACAUACAUAUUUGAUCAUAAUAUACAGAUAAUAUAUAUUUGUAGCAGUAUAUAAUUUCAGGCAAAUUUUGAGCAAUUCUGAGAAUGAGUAUUGAAAGUUAAGUGUUACAGUUAUCAUUUUAGCAAAGCAAAAAUUUGCAACUCAUCAUUCAAAGCCCGGGGAUUCAAAAUAACAUCUCAUUAGCUCAGUACUAAAAAAAAAAACAUGCCCACACAGAAUGCACUACUAGUAAUUCGUUUUUCUUUAUUUCAAUCAUACAUGUUCCUUAUGUGAUUAUGAUAUUUGAAAAUGUAUUUUUAUUCAUACCCCAUUCCUUCAUGGGUUAAUUUUUUUUUAACAGAACAAGGAAUAAAAAACUAUGAAAUUUUAUUUAUGGGGUGCAGUUUGGAGGUGAAUUAUGUUGCCAAUUUUCUAUAAUAACUUUCAAAUUCAUAUUCUUUCAUUGAAAUUUGCUAAAGGUAACCCCGGAUUGGCUAUUCACAUAUUUUCUGCUUCUGCUCAAAUUUAAUCAUUUGUGGCUUGACUUUCACUUUUAUGGCAUUGAAUAUUUCAUUUAUUAGUUUAUGGUUGGUCAUUCAUUGACUGCUGGUCAUUCCUUUUUAUUAGAGGAAAAUAUUCAUGUGCCUUCAUGUUCUUGUAAUGCAAACUAUUUCAGUUCAAUUGGAAGUCUUUAAAGCUAUCUUGUUACAUUCAAAAUUCAUACAAAAUUGAGUAAAUUUAAACCCCUUCCAUUUUCAAUGAGGUUGCGAGGGAGGGAGUGAAUUUUUUUAUGGUAUCACGCUCGGUGUCCGUUCCUCCGUCCGUUAACUUUUCCUUGUAAACAGGAUAAUUUCAGUUUGACUUCACCCAGGCUCAUUUAAUUUGAUGUGUAUGAUACUAGCAUGGAUCCCAGGAAGCCUAUUAAUUUUGAGGUUAAAGGUGAAGUCACCACCUUCCACUUUUCUUGCUUGACCAAUAACUCAAUUUUCCGCGUUACAGGCGGGCGUAUUAUGUGCUCACCUUAGCGACACUUGUUAAAUCACUGGUCAUUUUCAAGCUUUGCAAAAAAAUUAUGUUGAGAGUUAAAAAAAUAAAAUCAGACAUCCAAAGUUCCAAACUACAUAAUGUCAAUGAAACUUUCUUCAUUGUUGAGGUUAUCCAUGACACACAAUAAAUGUAGAUUAAUUCUGUUGAAUUAAAAUGAUAACAUGUAGAAUCAAUGAAUUAAAGAAAAGGCAUCUUAUAACAGUGAAUUCUCCCCAUUUUCUCAAGUUACUUUGGUCAAGAGGGAUUCCUCUUUCUCAUGCUGAUAAACAUUCUUGCUUGUAAACUUUAACCAUAUUUUUAUGGGAGUGUAUGUAUAUACACGUAUAUACGUUAAUGCUCUCAAAGUAACAUGCUUUGUAUCAUUAUAUCAUUCUGAAGAAUUGUUUUGGGCGAAAUAUUGAUAAUAAAGUUUAUUUAACACA